AUGCUCCAGACAUCGAUAUCGGCCUGGCUGAACAAGCCGAGGGCCGUCGCCGAGCCUCCUCCAGCUCCCCCAGCUCCUCCAGCUCCUCCAGCUCCUCCAAACCCCAAGUCUCUCACCGCGAAGGCCUCUACCGAACCCACCACAGCGCCAACCUUGCAUUCAACCCCCACCCUCCCACCACCACCGCAAAGACCCGCAGCCCAAACGACGCCCCCGACACCAGUGCCACCGUCCAGAAAACCCCGUCCGCUGCCUCCAAACAUAACCCUCGAACCCGUAACACCCAGCACACUCCCCUCCCUCCGCCGCCUCAACAGCCUCCUGCUCCCAAUCCCCUACCCGCAGAAGUUCUACGACGAGAUCCUCUCCGACCCGAUCACAUCCAGCAUCACGCUCGUCGCGCUCUGGCACGACACUCCGCCCGCAGCCCCAGCCGGCUCUGCCACGGCCACAACGCCCGACUCCACCACGACAGAUACCUCUCACGAGACUGUGAGAUCUGCACCACCGAAACCGCGCGUCGUGGCAGGCAUACGCUGCCGCCUCCUUCCCGCCCCUCCCUCCUCCCCCACCAGCUCCCUCACCUCCCCUUCCCAUCCAGUCCUUUACAUCUCAACCCUAGCAACACUCUCCCCCUACCGCGCCCACGGCCUAGCAACCCACCUCCUAUACGCCGUGACACUGGCGGCGCACACGCGUCACGGCGUCGUACAAGUCUGCGCGCAUGUCUGGGAGGCGAAUGGGGAGGCUCUGGCGUGGUACAAAAGACGGGGGUUCGUGGUGAAAAGCAAGGAGGAGGGGUAUUAUCGAAGAUUGAAGCCGCAAGGGGCGUGGGCGGUGGGGAGGAGGGUUGGUGUGGGUGAAUUGGUGGAGAUGGGGGCGUUUGCGGGGAAGGAGGAUACGGGGGGUGAAAAGGGGAUCGGGGACAAAGAAUAUGGGGGCGGCUGA